AUGCCUGUUGCCACUCUUCCGCCGCCGAAGAGGGCAUUGGCAGACUCUACCAAAGCUCAUCGCAAUGUCAAUCCUACGAUAUCGUCCCCCAACACCGCAAAGAGAAGGAAAAUCGAAGUAGGAUCCUCGCCCUCGAAGAAACUCAAGCUCAGCCAGAACGGCCUCAAGAAUGGAUCGAGCCAGCCUAAGAGUCAGUUUGAAGAAGAGUACCUGGAGAAACUGACUCAGGAUAUCAGCGGCCUCAAGCAGCAGAAUUCCGAGAAGGACCAGCAGUGGGAUCGUCCGAGCUUGGAUGACUUUGAUGAGGAGAGGGACAGUCUCUGCUUUCAGCAGAUCGAGGCGGAAGAAGGUACACUACAUGGAGGAAGGACGACCGUCAAAUUGUUUGGGGUCACAGAGACCGGUCACUCUGUACUUCUCCAUGUCACCGACUUUCUCCACUACCUCUAUGUCGCAGCCCCAGUCAGUUUCGUACAGAAAGACAUUGACGGCUUCAAAGCCUACCUGGAAACCCAGUUGGCGCAGCACCAGCCGGUAAUACAUUCGGUUCAAAUGUCGAUGAGGGAGAAUUUGUUCGGCUUCCAAGGCAAUCAGAAGAGUCCGUAUUUGAAGAUCACAGUCACGGAUCCAAAACAUAUCAAUAAGUUGCGGACCACGAUUGAGAGCGGGAACAUGAACUACAAACAGAUGUGGAAGGGUGUGGAUGGUGGUAUCUUGACAUUUGACAGCAUACAAUAUGUUUUACGGUUCAUGAUCGACACUGGAGUUACAGGAAUGUCUUGGGUGGAAGCUCCUCAGUCAAAAUACCACAUGAUCCCUCAUCGAGACCGGCAUUCAAAUUGUCAAAUAGAGGCAUAUGUGCAUUAUCGAGAUCUAAUAGCUCACCACAACGACGGCGAAUGGGCGAAGAUGGCUCCACUGCGAAUCCUUUCCUUUGAUAUUGAGUGUGCUGGCCGUAAGGGCGUCUUCCCAGAAGCCAACCAAGAUCCUGUCAUCCAAAUCGCGAAUGUCGUGACAAGAUAUGGAGAACAGAAACCUUUUGUUCGUAACGUAUUCUGUCUCGAUACUUGUAGUCUGAUUGUCAAUACCCAAAUUUUCGAGUUUGGCGCAGAGGACAAGAUGCUCAUGGCAUGGAGAGACUUCCUGGAGCAGGUCGACCCAGAUGUCAUCAUAGGCUACAACAUCGCCAACUUCGACUUUCCAUAUCUUCUCGAUCGAGCAAAGCACCUCAAAUGUAUCAAGUUCCCUUACUGGACCAGGCUGAAGGGUAUCCAGUCACAUGCAAAAGAGACGAACUUUUCUAGUAAGCAGAUGGGCAACCGAGACACGAAAGCUACAAACACCAAUGGUCGUUUGCAACUGGACUUGCUUCAGCUCAUUCAGCGCGACCACCAGCUACGAAGCUAUACCCUCAACUCGGUCUGUUCACAUUUCUUGGGAGAGCAAAAAGAAGAUGUCCACCACACAAUGAUUACUGAGCUUUUCAAUGGAACACCAGAAUCCCGACGGCGUCUGGCUGUCUACUGCCUGAAAGAUGCCUUUCUGCCACAACGGCUGAUGGACAAGCUCAUGUGUCUAGUCAACUAUACAGAGAUGGCCAGAGUCACAGGUGUCCCGUUCAAUUACUUGCUUGCAAGAGGACAGCAGGUCAAAUUCAUAAGCCAACUCUUCCGGAAAGCUUUGGAACAGCACCUGGUCAUCCCCAAUUUACGAAGUGACGCAUCCGAUGAACAAUACGAAGGUGCUACCGUCAUCGAGCCCACAAGAGGCUAUUAUGAUGUUCCGAUCGCAACGCUUGAUUUCGCUUCCCUAUAUCCUAGUAUCAUACAAGCUCACAAUCUUUGCUAUACUACCUUGCUCAACAAGGCGAGUGUCGAAAAGUUGCAUCUGGUCAAAGAUGAGGACUAUAUUGUCACUCCCAACGGUGACAUGUUCUGCACCUCAAAGAUCCGGAAAGGCCUGCUGACGCAGAUUCUCGAGGAGUUGCUGGGAGCGAGAAAACGAGCCAAGAAAGAGUUGGCCGUUGAGACUGAUACGUUCAAAAAGGCUGUGCUUAAUGGUCGACAGCUGGCUUUAAAGGUCAGUGCGAACAGUGUAUACGGUAUUACCGGAGCCACAGUCGGAAAAUUACCCUGUCUCGCCAUUGCCAGUAGUACGACCAGCUACGGGAGGCAGAUGAUUGAGAGGACAAAGGAGGAAGUCGAGAAGCGGUAUACCAUAGCCAACGGAUACUCUCAUGAUGCGCAGGUCAUCUAUGGUGAUACCGACUCAGUCAUGGUCAAGUUUGGACCCAAGGACCUAGAGAAAACCAUGGACCUUGGUCGGGACGCUGCAACAUAUGUCUCUGAUAAGUUCAUCAAGCCAAUUAAAUUGGAGUUCGAGAAAGUCUACUUCCCGUACUUGCUCAUCAACAAGAAGCGCUACGCUGGUCUGUACUGGACGACCCCGGAGAAGUUCGACAAGAUGGACAGCAAGGGCAUUGAGACUGUACGCAGAGACAACUGCCGCCUGGUUCAGAACGUCAUUGAAACCAUCCUCCACAAGAUCCUGAUCGACCAAGACGUGCAGGGCGCGCAAGAUUAUGUCAAAGACACCAUCUCCGACCUUCUUCAAAACAAGGUCGAUAUGUCCAAACUCGUCAUCACGAAAGCUCUCUCAAAAUCCGACUACGCCAACAAACAAGCUCAUGUCGAGCUUGCCGAUCGAAUGAAGAAGCGAGACGCCGGCUCAGCUCCCACACUCGGCGAUCGUGUAGCCUACGUUAUCGUCAAGGGUGCCGGUGGCGCCAAGAACUACGAGAGGAGCGAAGACCCAAUCUUCGUCCUUGAGAACAACAUCCCCAUUGAUACGAAGUAUUACCUCGACAAUCAGCUUGCCAAGCCACUUGGCAGGAUCUUCGACCCGAUACUGGGCGAGAAGAAAGCCGGGCAGCUCCUCACCGGCGAACAUACUCGGUCGAUCUCGGUCGCUGCACCUACGCUGGGUGGUCUGAUGAAAUUCGCCAAAAAGACCCAAACCUGUAUGGGUUGUAAGAAGCCGCUUGUUGGCAAAGAGGAAAUGGCGGGGGCUGUCUGCAGCAAUUGCCGGCCCAGGACAGGAGAGCUGUACACAAAGACCCUCACCAAAGUCAGCGAGUUGGAGAUACGGUUCGGCAGAUUAUGGACGCAGUGCCAGCGGUGCCAGGGGAGUUUGCACAACGAGGUCAUCUGCUCCAGCAAGGAUUGCCCCAUAUUCUACAUGCGCAUGAAGGCGAAGAAGGACGUCGAAGAUGCGGGGAAGGAGCUGACGAGGUUUGAUUUUGACGCCGGCGCUGCUUGGUAG